CCGUGACCUUCGACCUGCCCUAACGGCGAUAUUGGGGUAAAAGCGAGUCGUGUGUACCUGUGGCCCGGGCAUAUCGCACACCGCUUCACGGAAGCAAGACGUUAUGGCGGGCAGGGAGCUCUACAUUUGCGUUUGUCUCGCGAUCACAAUGACCCUGACGUCAUGUGACCCGGUCGAUCAGGGGGAGCUGCACGUGAUACAUAAACGUCAGGCCCCAGGGGAGCGGCCCAGCUGUCAGACGGGAGCGACUGUACCAGCAACAAGGGUAGACACGACCUCCAGAUUGCAGGCCAUCAGAAGUCUGUUUCCAAAUGUUCCUGGGGGUGCUGUGCACGCCUACAUCGUCCCAAGCACCGACGCACAUCAGAGCGAAUACCCUGCCGACUACGACCUAAGGCGGGGCUACAUCUCUGGCUUUGGAGGAUCAGCAGGGACGGCUGUGAUCCUGACUAACAAGGCUGCGUUAUGGACAGACGGACGCUAUCAUCUGGAGGCGGACGAGAACCUUGACUGUAACUGGACACUCAUGAAGCAAGGAAUACCAGGUGUGCCAAGUAUAACUGAUUGGCUGGUUGACCAGCUGAAGACAACCACCGGGGCCAGGGUCGGCGCGAGCCCCUUCCUCAUGAAUGCCCGCACCUGGAAGUCAUAUUCUGAGAAGUUCGCUAAGUCAGGGAUAUCCAUGGUAGAGGUGGACAAUGACCUGGUUGAUCAGGUCUGGACUUCCGGUCGACCUGCACAGCCAAACUCACCAAUCAACGCCCUACCGAUGGAAUAUGCCGGGAAAUCCUGGGACUCUAAGAUCGGCGACGUCAGGGGUAAAAUGCGUGCCAAGGGAGCUGCUGCUUAUAUUGUGACCAGCCUGGAUGAGACUGCCUGGCUUUUCAACCUUCGUGCUAGCGACAUCGCCUACAACCCGUUCUUCAUCUCAUAUGCCAUUGUUGAGAGCAACAGAGUCAGACUUUACAUAUUGAACCACGCCGCCAAGUUGACGCAAGACCCGACGGAUGAAGCCACGACAAGCAAACUGUACCAACACCUCAGCAGCGCCAUGGACGGCUCAUGUACUUCUUCCUCGGGGUCAUGUGUGGAGGUUCUUGGGUACUCCCCAAUUGGCAUCAAGGCCGCGGUCACAGACAUCGCCUCUAACAGCAGUAACAACAUCUGGGUGUCACUGCUAUGCAACCAGGCUAUAUACAGUGCUAUACCAGAGGCCCAGCGUAUCCAUGACAAGUCCGCCAUUGCUUUGAUGAAGUCCAAGAAGAACAUCGUGGAGAGGGACGGGAUGCAGGCAUCACAUAAUCGAGAUUCAGUGGCCCUUAUCACCUUCUUGGAGAGAUUGGAACGUGAGGUGAAAGCAGGGCAGCAGUGGACGGAGGUGAAGGCUGCAAUGGAACUGAAGAAAGAGAGGCUCAAGCAGGAUUUGAACCGUGGACUGAGCUUCCCCACCAUAGCUGGGUCUGGAUCUAACGGCGCCAUCAUCCACUACAACCCCUCUAACGCCACAGACAAACAGAUCACCACAUCAGACAUGUUCCUUCUUGACUCGGGUGGACAAUAUCUGGAUGGCACCACGGAUGUGACGAGAACACUUCACUUCGGACAGCCUUCGGAUUACGAAAAGGAGUGCUACACUCGUGUACUGAUGGGGCAUAUCGACCUCGCCCUGCUCAAGUGGCCUAAAGGGCUGUACGGACGUGAGAUUGACGCUAUCGCCAGGGCUCCCCUCUGGGAGGCGGGUCUGCGGUACCUACAUGGCACAGGGCACGGGAUCGGGGCUUACCUCAGCGUUCAUGAGGGGCCGGGCAGGAUCUCCCUGUCACACAGCCUCAACCCAAGUGACCAAGCGUUAGAAGAGCAUAUGUAUUUCUCAGAUGAACCGGGCUACUACGAGGACGGCAAGUUCGGUAUUCGUCUGGAGACAAUUGUCACAAUAGAAUUCGCGCAGACAGCGCACCCAUUUCCCAACUCAGUGUUCUUGGGAUUCAAACCCGUCACUUUGGUGCCAUAUGAACCACAUCUGAUCAAGUUUGACAUGCUUGGGCCAAAACAGAUCAAGUGGCUCAACGAUUACCACAAGCGAGUUGAGGAGGAGAUUGGACCAAAGCUGAGUGCAGCUGCACUGCAGUGGGUGAAGGCAAGAACCAUGCCCAUCUCGUACCAGACAACCAACUCCGCCACGACGUAUACACAUAGUGUGCUGUUCAUGAUGGGGGCUGCGGUAGUGUCGCUGAUGUCGCUGCGAUGAAUCCAUUCGCCUUUAGUUGCAAGAUAUUUUGCCCUUGUUAAUUAGAACAUUUGAUUUACGAAAAAAACCAAACAAUUCUCAUAGUAAUUAUGCUUGUCACUUUCUUGGAAUAGUGGAACGAUCAGAACCUCUCUUCUUUAAUCACAUGUUGAUCUCCCCUGUCGAGUAAACUAGUAAAAUUGAAUUAAAAUUCAGGUUUCAAAAUAUCUUUGAAUAAUUUCGUCAUUCCUUUUCUAUUCUCAGGCAAUAGUGACAAAUGCAAACUCAUAUUUGACUAAAUUUGUAUAUUAGCAAUCAACGGCAUUGUGUAUAUAUUAACCAUAUAUCUGGUUUGGUUUGUAUGAAGACGCACUCAACUGUUUGCACACCAACAAUGAAACCUCCGAUGUCUGUUUAGUUGUUAUGGAAUAUUUAGACAUGGUGGAGAAUUUCUUAAUGUUUUAUUUACAGACGAGGUUAUUAAUGACAGUAUUUUGAUAUACCUGUGCCUUACCUGCAUUUCUUGCUUUAACUAUACUCAUGCCAAUAAUGGUUGUCACCCCCUUCAUAUUUUUUAAUUGGAGAGGGGGUGUGGUGUGGGGUGUGGGAGGGGGUUGUAUAGUAUGCAAUUUGACCGUCUUUUCCUUCCCUGAUGUUUGACUUCAUAUCAUGCACCUCUACAAUGUCUUCAUUCGCCAUAAUAUAGGGCAUCGAAAUACCGAAUUUUACAAAAAAACAUCAAACAUCAAGCAUGUACAAGACCUACACCUUAUGCCUUGAACCAUAAUGGACCCCAUCAUAACACAGAGGCGAAUUAGGUGUUGCUUCUUAAUUUAGUGCAAAAUAUUCUCGAACUGGGACAUUUUAACAAGUUUGCUUUCUUGUCUAGAAUUUUUUUAAUCUCAAGUUCAUCGUAUUAAGUCUACGAGGUUCCAAAGACAGUUAUAUUUACUGUUGCCUCUUUCUAUAUUCACAUACCCGGUCACCAUUGCAACACUUGUUAUUUGUGUACACGAAGGAAAAUACCCUAAUAAAUAUUAGGAAAAUAAUAUAAGAACUGAAUAAACAGAAGGUUGUUGUAGGAGGUGUAGAUUCAAUCCAGCUUGUUGUAGAUUGUUGUAUAUAUUGGUCAGUUCUAAACAGAAACGGUAUGAUUUGCAUAUGAUUCCAUGUAUAUUGUUGUAUGAAAAUCUUUAAUAAAACCUUUUAUACCUGUU